ACCAAAGCCAUUGAGCCAACACCAGGACAGAACUACUGUAAUUAUGGGAUAAAAUACUGAAUCUUAGUACCCUUAAUUGAACAAGAGAUGGAUAGAGAGCGGGCAAGCACCGAUUUUCCUUGGGUUCAUUCAAUUUUUCCUGGAUAAUUUUGGGAAGCAACUUCAGGUCGAUCAAGAAUAAGACGCGCCAAUCUUGUGGUUUUCAUUUUUCACAGAUCUUGGGUUGUUCUUUUUCCAAUUCUGCAAGGGAAUUCGACCCGUUAGCAUAUUGUUGUGUUGAUGAUCGAUGUAUAAUAGAUGGAAAGGGAGAGGCGUAAUGGCAAUCAUAAUUAUUACAAUUGUAUGGUGCACGGUAAUGGAGGCAAUAGAGAUAGAGAUAUAGAGUCUCCGCCGUUCUCUUCGCUUCCUUCUGCUCUUUCUUCCGGCCGUGCUGUUGGUUACAUCGAACACACCGUUUCAAAGCUGGACACUCUCGCCGGGAUUGCCAUCAAGUACGGCGUCGAGGUUGCUGACAUAAAAAAGCUGAAUGGAUUGGUUACAGAUUUUCAAAUGUUUGCUCUCAAGUCUCUCCAGAUUCCAUUACCUGGAAGGCAUCCUCCAUCUCCCUGUUUAUCAAAUGGUUCCAUCACUCCAGGACAGAGCAGUUCUGACCACAUCCCACCCUGGCGUAGACAUGGUGAUUUCUUUGAAUCAUUUCAAUCCCUUGGAGUUAAAUCUCCCCAGCAGAAGGUUUCUCCAGCCAUGAGCUCUUUACAGGGUUACUAUGGACUCAAACCGAGAGAUCAGAAAACUAUGCCUGAAUGUCUUGAAAUGACUGCCUACAAAAAGGGAGAUUCUCAAUAUUUAGAAGAUGGGCCCCCCAGCACCUCUCUGCUUUCCAACCCAUCUUUGAGCCAUCACCAGAAAUCUAAAAGUUUAGUUAGUGCUUUAUUGGAUGAGAAUGGUGAGCUAGCUGCUGUCCUGCCUGUUUCAGAAGCUCAGGAUGGUGACUCUGAUAAAUGUUAUGAGAAACUGCUCAGAAGGCGUCAGAAAUCUGAAGCUGAUUUCACUCAUCACACGCCAGAAAUGUUGUUGGAGAAUAACGGUAAUACUGGUGGGUUUCUGGCAAAAACAGGAAAGGGCUUAGCCUUGAGACCCAAAGCAGCAAGCCGAACUAUGACAAGUGAUUCUGAAACAGGUGGUUUGAACCCAAUACCAAUUGGCCUGGGAGAUUCUAUAGUGUCUGAUGACUUUUCUGUAGUGCAGAAGUCGUCAAGCACAUCAAGUUUGCAGGACCAGGACUCCAGUAGUUCUACAUCCAUAUGGACUACUACAAGGUGGACUCUGAAACCAGAUUUGCAGGCCCUUUCAACUGCUGCCAUUGCAAAACCAAUUUUUGAUGGUAUUCCGAAGCCUACACCGGGUCGAAGAAACAAAGCCGCACUUGACUAGUUAAUUUUAUCCGUCAUAAUUUUUUGUUAUUUUUAUAAUUGAUCAAUUUUUCUCAGGCCAUCCAUUGCUCUUGAUGAGUAUGGAGAGACAAGACAAAAGGUUGGUAAGGAAAAUGUUAUAUUGGUUUCCUGUUUUCUGAAGAAUUAUCUUACAUGUCGGUUAAGGAAAACGGACAUGAAGGGCAAAGAAAGAGGGAUCAAAGAAGCAACUGGUACAUGCGUAUGGCUUAAGUUGUGUUGUCUCACAUCUCCUUUGUGCAAAAUUUUUGCGAGAGAUUUGUAUUCGUUACGGUACCUUUUAGGGAAUGUCUUAUUAGAUUUCAGGUCUCUUCCCAACGGAAGAAAAUCUGUUAAAGCCCUUUUCUUUUGGUUAUAUUCACAACAGAACUGGAGACUGGUGCAGUUAUCACUUAUCAUUUGGUGUAUUGCAGUCUCAGACAAUUGGCGCAAAAUCUGUUACUACAGUGUCUAUGGAAGGGAACAAGGCCAUUGGAAUGGUAAAUACCUAAUUUUCUACAAGACUAUAACCGUUGAAGAAGUUUUUGAAAUGAUUUUUUUUUUUUUUUUACUAUUUUUGUAUUAUAAGUAUUGUAGAACGUUGAAAAUAUUUGGAAAGAGAAUUUAGAUGUUUUUUUUUUUUUUUCCCCUUUGUGUUUUUGAAAAUAUGGUUGCAUCCGCUGAAAGUAUGUAUAGUAGUAUCAGUGCGAUGUGUGUUAUUUGUUAACUGAAAAUACUAUACAAAAUGUAGUAUUGGUUUUUGCGUUUGCUUGUCGUGUAAA